CAGAGGAGAGCUGCUGGAAUACUGCUUCAUGCCACCGGGGUUUAUCGGGAAUUAAUAACCUGACGUUCAGCGGGCUCCGACGGUUCCGAAAGGAGGAAUUAUAACACAAUAUGCACUUUGUUGGUUUUUGGAUGCUGAUGGCGGCACUGCAGGUUGGUGUUCUGGGCAGAGAACAUGAGCCCUUGUUGUCAAGCAAGCAGAACUCGUUGCCAUGCAAGAGGGGCUUUACCCAGGAGGAAUACAUCAUCGAAAUGGACCAAGAGCUGGCAAAGGGACAGGCUGUCUUCAACGUGAGCUUCGUGGACUGCGGUCGAGGGAAGGUGUCGUUCGACAUUGGAGAUUCGUCUGAUUUCAGAGUGAGUGAGGACGGUGUGGUCUACACCCUGCGCCACUUCAGCCUGAUGGGCAAGGCAACAGCUGUGCAAAGGGUCUAUGCCAGAGACUUACAGUCCAAACACGCCUGGAAGACCAGAGUGCACCUUCAAACCCGCCCAAAUGGCAACAGCAAAAGUCCUGAACAGGUAAAGCCCAGUGAUGUGACAAUUACUCAGUGGGUACCAGAGAUCUUGUUUCCAUGGCGCAGCGUGGUUGUCAGAGGUGAUGGCACUCUGAGGCGAGUGAAGAGAGACUGGGUCAUUCCGCCUAUCAACGUCCCUGAGAACUCACGAGGACAGUUCCCUGAGGACCUAGUCAGAAUCCGCUCAGACCGGGAUAAGAACCGAAUGCUGCGUUACAGCGUGACAGGCCCCGGGGCCGACCAGCCUCCGACUGGCAUCUUCAUCAUCAAUCCAAUCUCUGGCCAGCUGUCUGUCACCAAGCCUUUAGACAGAGAGCACAUCUCUAACUUCCAUCUGAGAGCCCAUGCAGUGGACCUAAAUGGGAAUCAGGUGGAGAACCCCAUAGACAUUGUCAUUAAUGUCAUCGACCAGAACGACAACAGACCAGAGUUCACGCACACGAUCUUCAAUGGCUCUGUACCAGAGGGAUCCAAGCCUGGAUCCUUUGUGAUGACAGUGACAGCAGUGGACAAGGAUGAUCCAAAAACUGCUAAUGGGAUGUUACGAUAUAAGAUCCUUUCCCAGAAUCCCCAGAGCCCCUCCUCCAACAUGUUCACCAUUAAUAACAAGACUGGUGACAUCAUCACUGUGGCAGCGGGCCUAGAUCGGGAGAAAGUCACCCAGUACACCCUGAUCAUCCAGGGUACAGACAUGGAGGGAAACCCCACCUAUGGCCUGUCAAACACUGCCACCACUGUCAUCAGAAUCACUGAUGUCAACGACAAUCCCCCUGAAUUCACCACAGAUGCAUUCUUUGGGGAGGUUCAUGAGAACAGGGUGAAUGUGAUCGUUGCCAACCUGACUGUGACAGAUAAGGACCAGCCUCACACUUCAGCCUGGAGUGCUGUGUACCGCAUCAUUGCUGGAGACCCCACUGGACGCUUCUCCAUUCCCACUGACCCCACCACCAAUGAAGGUCUGCUCACUGUGGUCAAGCCCAUAGAUUUUGAGCUGACUCGGUCCUUCAUGCUGACGGUGGAGGCAGAGAACGAGGUCACGCUGGCCCGUGGCAUCCACCUGCCUCGUCAGUCCACAGCAACUGUCUCCGUACGAAUCUUGGACAUCAAUGAGAGUCCAGAGUUCAGCCCCAAUCCCAAGUCCAUCAAGUUAGAGGAGGGUCUGCCUGCAGGGUCUCUGCUUACCACCUUUACUGCCCAAGACCCGGACCGCUUCUUGAGACAAACCGUCCGGUACUCCAAGAUGUACGACCCUGCUAACUGGCUGGAGAUUGACCCGCUUAAUGGUCGGAUUUCCACCAUUGCCAUCCUUGACCGAGAGUCUCCGUAUAUCAAGAAUAACUUCUACAACGUUACCUUCAUGGCUUCUGAUAACGGUAUUCCACCUGCCAGUGGGACAGGCACCCUUCAGAUGUACCUGCUGGACAUAAAUGACAAUGCACCUCACGUGUUCCCCCCUGAGGUGGAAAUGUGUGAGAGGCCAGAUCCAAAUGCCAUCAACAUCACAGCCAGUGACCCCGACCUGACUCCUAACGCUGGACCCUUCGCCUUUGAGCUGGCCAAUCGUCCAUUAGACGUACGCCGCAACUGGACACUCAGUCGCCUCAGUGGUGAGUACGCCCAGCUUCAACUGAAGAUUGGCUCCCUGGCCAGUGGGAUAUACGAGGUUCCCAUCAUAAUCACAGACUCUGGAAACCUGCCCAUGUCCAACACGUCCCAACUGAGAGUGAAGGUCUGCCAGUGUGAUCAUCAUGGAGACUGUGUGGACAUGGAGCGAAUCAUUGCUGCUGGACUAGGCACCGGAGCCAUCAUCGCUAUCCUUAUAUGUAUCAUCAUACUGUUAGUGCUGGUGCUGCUGUUUGUGAUGUGGAUGAAGAGGAGGGAUAAGGAGCGUCAGGCCAAGCAGCUCCUCAUUGACCCAGAGGAUGACGUCCGAGACAACAUCCUUAAAUAUGAUGAGGAGGGAGGAGGAGAGGAGGACCAGGACUACGAUCUGAGUCAGCUGCAGCAGCCUGAUGCCCUGGAGCCAGACUGUGUCAAGGUGGGGAUCAGACGUCUUGAUGAGAGGCCUCUCCAUCAUGACCACCAGUACCCCCUCCGCUCUGCGGCCCCCCACCCAGGAGACAUAGGAGACUUUAUCCACGAGGGCCUGAAGGCAGCAGACAACGACCCCACUGCUCCCCCCUAUGACUCCUUGCUGGUAUUUGACUAUGAGGGCAGUGGCUCCACCGCCGGCUCCCUCAGCUCCCUGCACUCCUCCUCAAGCUGCGGAGACCAGGACUAUGACUACCUCGGUGACUGGGGUCCACGCUUCCGCAAGCUGGCCGACCUGUAUGGUGGAGGGGAUGAUUAGCACCCUCGACCCUCACCCACAACAUCCACCUUUCCCAUCCCACUCUAGCUCCAAUGUCAUGUGGGGUGGGUGAGAUUAAGGAAAGAGAUUAUUGGGUAAACAUGGGGUAUGGAUCUGCACUUCUGAACAGGACAGCUUAUAAAGAGACUUGCUGCUCCUUGACGACGGUUGAAGACACUAGGGACCAUUGUGACUCUUUGCCGAGCAAGGCCUGGCACUGGCUAGCAUUCAGGCUAAUGGACAUUGAGCGUUAGCCCCUACGCUAACAAAUAUGAGCAGCCAGAGCAGUGCACUCUUUGGAGUGAUGUUGUCUUUAUGAUGGUUAAGAGCUACAACAGCCAUGCUACAGACGCUCAUUUACACUUGAAUUUUCACAGUACAGGAGCACUGGGGUCAAAUGUGCCUUUUUGUACAUUCUUUUGAUUGUGUUCAGUCUCAAUUCUAUAUGUUGCUUAAAGCUUCCGGUGUUUUACAAUAGCAGCUGGGAGAGCACUUAACCAUGUUAACGCCUGUGUGUGUGUGUGUGUGCGUGUGUGUUUGAGUUUGACCUCAUUACCUGUAUGUGUGCAAAGUGUGUAUGAAACAUUUCCACAGAAACACACUGGAGGGACAGUCUAAAGGGCCAAGCCUGUUCUGAGAUACCUUGGAUUAUCUGACCAGCAAAAACAUGGCUUUACUGUACAGCUCAUGGGUCUCAAGGUUUUCUUUUUCCAUCUGAUUUAGUCAGAAAAUGCCAACUACACCUCCAAUUUGUGGCAGUGUGUAGAUCGUUGUCAAUCACAGAGGUUAGUAAAAUCAAAUCUCCACACACUCACAGUAUUUCACUGAUUCCUGAAGUCUCCUCAGACCAAAAGCUUCAUUACAGCAGCCGUCACUUCACAAAGGAGGCAAUGAAACAUAAUUGUGUGUACUACCACUGAUAUAUUUGUUACAUGGUAGCUUUUUGAAGUGCAUGUCUAUGUGCACAAACAGCAGGCUCAUUUCACCACAAUGCUGUGGUAUGAAUGUGACUAACUGCCCAAAGCCAGUUUUAAUAUCCUCUCCACUCUUACAGUGAUUUUUCUCUGCAAAGUCUCAUUGUUCAACAUCAUGUCAAAGCUUUGAUUGAAUCACCAUUAAGAAUGGCAGCCCAACAUGAAUGUGUCUGUUUGAUGAAGAGACUUUGAAUACACAUAUAAAUUGACAGAGCAAUGACAUACAUUCAGGUCUGUUGCUUAACAUGGCCAAUCCAAAGCUUUCCUCUGUAAUGUGUGAAUGUGCAGCAGAAUGUUAAAGAGCAGCAUGUUAAAUGUAUGCAGAAAACCCGAUUUUUUAUCUCUACUUCUGCUAAUACAUCCUUCUAAAACUUAGGGUGGAAAAUGUGAAUUUUAGGAAUCAUGUCAAUGUAACUUCACUAAUUUUGCUCACUGCAGUGGAGCCAUUGUAUAUGUUGCAGCUUACUCUGUUAAUAUUUUUUAAUAAUUUUGAACCAUCCAGAAAUAUUUUUGCCAUGGUAGCAAAAAAUCUAUCCAACAGUUCCAGUUCAGGUCAAGAGCAGGUUAUUGAGACAUUUUUGGACAGAUUUUAUUGACAUUGUACAUGGAGAUAGUCAUUGUCCCUGGGAGACAAACUCAGAUGAGAAGUCCUGUACCAAAGAUGAAAACAAUGUCAACUAUCAGCUAAGAAAAUGUUAUUAAAUCUGUUAUUUGUUAUCUGUAUUUGCCCAGACUUCCUCGCCAUUCCAGACAAUAGCAUGGCAUGGCUGUCGCUAUUAAAUGCAAAUGAAAUUAAGAAAGCAAAUCAAUGUUGCUAUGGCAAUGCACAAACAUGGCACACAGUGUAAAGUUAAAGGAAUUUCACAGCAGGUAAAUGUCAAUAAGCCAGAUGAGUUUUGAACAAAAAUACUUGGAAUUGAAAAUAUUAUACAGCAGCUGCACCCAACAAUAGAACCAGUUUGUUUGCGUAGAACGAUGAUUGAGUCAGUACACCUGAGGAAUGAACCUGUUAAUGCUUCAUCACUGAACACGGCCAACAUGUCAUUUAGCAUGACAUGUCUGCCAAAGGCUACAGCUGUGAUGCUGAAAUAUGUGUAGGUGACACAAUUCAUUACUUUUAUUGUGGCCCUGAUUAUAAGACGGCACCUGCUUUUGAAAAGACUCUUUAAAGUCUGAGAAACACUAUGAGUUAAAGAUAACAUUUUUUCAUUAAUGUUUGUAAUGUAAGCAUAUGUAGAUAUGUGUUCAUGUGCCGUUAGUUCUGCACUCUGUUGAUUUCUGUGACACAGGUCAUUCUCAGCCAAUUGAAUGAUAGAUCAGUCCCGGGUCCAUUUCUGCAUCGAGAGAUUUCAGCUGGUUUCAGGAUACAUUAAGAGGACUUGUAAAAACUUGCUAGCCCAGCAUUAUCAAGGCUACAAAGCCAGAGCUGUACACUGGAGCUGCAUAUUUUUGCUAGUUUGGUGUUCCAAAGCUAAUAAGAAGACAUGUACAGUAAUGCUAGAUUUAGAUAGAUACCUUCUGUUUUUUUGCUUUAAUCACAUUGUAACUUAUGCAGCUGAUUGCUCAAAAGGGAGACAUCAGUCCUUGUUGUGUAGCAAAGAUACUUCCUGAUACUCUGCUGUGGUGGAUUAAAUACAAAAAGGCAAUGUUUCUUUUAUCUGCUGAUGAUUUGCCUUAGUGUUCUCUGGUACUCUUCAACUGGCUACUCACUGUACUCUGGUACUCUUCAACUGGCUACUCACUGUAAACUGAAAUAUGUACAGAUUGUAUUUUUUUCUCUUGUUGUUCUUUUGGCUGUGGUCUCUGAAAAUGACAUGCUAAUAUCCUGAAUCCU